UGUUUCCCCGCACGCACGUUAGCGGGAAGUUGUCGCCCACGCAUUGUAGGGUAAUUAAUGUUUUUGUGUAACUUUGAUCGUUUUAAAUAAAUCUGUGGAUUUCAGGAUGUCUAAAAACAAGACUUCUGUCCCCGUGAGACGGUCAACUCGGCAGUCCGGAAAAGCACUGAGUGUUGAYCCAACGCCCAGGGGUCCUCUGAAGCGGACCAAAAGGCCGUCAGUAGACCAGCCUUCUGCUGCAGUUAUACAUGAGGAGAAUGGCUGGGAUGAUGAAGAGUCCCCGAGCAAAAAGCARCGGUUUGACUCUGGAGACCCAGUCGGUGACGGCGUCAGUGAAAAUGAGAUGGAUGUUGAGGCGGACACAGACAAAGAAAAGGAGAAAAACACGGAACAGAAAAUGGAAACUGAAGAGGAUUUGUCAAUUGAAAGCAGUCUACCAAAAAUAUMCAAAGACACCUUAAGAGAUGUGAACUUGUCCCCUCGUGUCGUCCUCGGUCAGCGCUGCCGAGCAGGUCUAUCUCCGAACAAGGAUUUAAAAGAGAUGAAAACGAAGCAAGCAAUAAAACAACCUGCAACCAUCACCAAGUCCACCUCACAAAUCAAACCACUGAAGAAAACAGAGGAAAUCAGGGAUGUGCCGAUCAGCAGCAUGGACGACUACAGACGGAAGAUGGAGGUCUUAGCCAGGAGCACAGACAUACCCAAAGUGAACCACUUUGUUCAAAGUGUGCACCCUGUUUUGGAGAAGUCCACAAUGAGACAACGUGUGAACAACAUUCCAAGACAAAAAGAAAUUGUUUGUCUCAAAAAACCAGAAGCACCAAAGAAAACUGUGGGGACUAAGAGAAGCUCUGGUAACUCCUGUAGAGGAUUUGUGUGGUACCUGUGGUGGUUGAUUUUCCUGCUGAUGCUCAUUUCCGCCACUUUGCUCGCGUACAGGAUCCUCCCUGUGCUCCAAAGAACAGCAGACAAAGAGGGAUAUCAAUCCAGGGAAGUGCAGCCGGGAGUCUUCUCUGAUCGCUUGUCACUUCUUAAGACUCAGUUCCCCAGUCAGAGACCUGAGCUGUGGAGGAGGAGCGGGAUCCACCUGGAGAAGCACCUUAAAACAGCCCAGCCAACAGAGCCGGUCAGUCUGAUCUUCACGGCGGGCCUCGGGGCUAAGCGGACACUAGACUGCUUGGCUCGCGGCUUGGCCUCCGCCUACUCGUCAGCCCUCAACGCCUCCACCCUCCACCUGGACGGAGCGAGCAAAUCCGGCCGGGGCAGCGACGAGGUGAAGCUGGACAUUGACGAUCAGCUGACAGCGGCGUUUGAGGGCGAUAAACCAGCGGCGGUCAUUCAUCGCUUCGAAGAGCUGCCCCCGGGCUCCACCCUGAUUUUCUAUCGCUACUGCGACCACGAGAACGCCGCGUACAAGCAGGUGUUCCUGUUGUUCACCGUGCUGCUGCCUCAGGAUGAGAUCAAGGGUAAGCUGAGUCUGGAGGAGGUGGAGGAACUGGUUCACGACUAUGUUGAGAGGAAGCAGGUGGACYCCACAAGCAAUGCUGGCUUCAGCGACAUGGACGUCGACAAGUUUAGUGGACUGUGGAGCCGCAUUUCUCAUCUGGUUCUACCCGUGGUGCCAGAGGCGUGGAUGGAGCAGGAAGGAUGUCCAUAAAACUUAAGGAUUCCUUGUUACUGCAGAGAAUUUUAAGAUGAUGCAAAAGAAACAUGUAAAYUGUGAUAUUUUGUAUACAGACUUAAAGGUUUUAAAAGAUGUGUUGAUAUUUCUCUGUCAGAGCUGCAGAUGUAUAUUUUUAGUUUUUAAAAUCAAUGCGCUGCGACAGUUUUUAUAUUGGACACAAAAGCAUAAAGAUAUAAUAUCAGUUUUURCCAAGUCACAGUUAGCAUUUAUAAACUUUUGUUCAAUUUAAUCUUUUUUUAUGUCUUUCUCUUCAUUUGUCUUCAGCAGGAAUCUUACUUUUGUUUUUUGCAUGUUUUCAGUUCUAUAUCUUCUUCCCGCAGCAGCUGAUGGACAUAUAUACUAUCUUCAUGUUUUGGUUUAAACUAAAACUUCCCAGAAAAUGUCUACUGUUUUUGUUACAUGUGUUUGUCUUACCCAGAGUACUGGCUUUUAUUGAAAUCUAUUGUGAAUUUUUUUGUACUUUCCUGAAGAUGUAUUUUGAUGACUUGACACUUAGAUCAUAAUAUUUUUUCAGAUAGCUGUAUAUAUUAGAUAUUUAAAGAUUUGAACUUUGCAUUUGUUGUUAAGAAAACAUCAGAAUAGACUGAAAAUAUGCUUAAAAUAUUCAGGUUUGUAUGAAGUAAUAAAACAGUUUUUUAACCCAUCACAYUCACAAAUCUUUUUGAUGGUAAAACUGAAUACUGUAACGGUUGAUCUUGGUUUUAAAUCCUUCGUGACCACUUGUUCUUAUAAUUUUGUGUUACAUGUAAAUGUUUUCAUUAAAGUUUAUUUUGAUACUUUGA